AUGUCUGGUGCGGAUUCCGCCCAGGGGGACGCACCCCGCGAUCCUAUUACCGAUAAUACUUCUACCCCUCCGGGCCAGACAUUGACCGGGAAACAAGAGCAUUAUCUCAAACGGGAGCUCAUAUCCGAACAGGUUAACUGGGAGGUUUCCGAACUGAAUUCCCCAACCGCGCUUCGUAGAUUCGGUGCGCCAUUCAAGUCAGAUUUAGGUGAAAUAUCACCUUAUGAUUCUGAGCUCCCUAUCUUACGCUAUAUAUUCGUAAACCAUAUACGGGAGUUUCCAUUCCUGGAUAAGGCGAAGGAGAAGGAGUUCUGGCAGGACAAGUUACAAGUGUUCCUCGAGUCGUUCGCUAGCAAGAGCAUCUCAUCCUCGGAGGACCGCUUAGAAGAGACCAAGCGUCGCAAGCUCGCUUUAAAAUGUCGCAAGUUGGUCGAACUGAUGAUGGUGUCGGGGGUCCCUACGGCCUCCGGGUUCGAGGAGCGAAUAAGAUUCGCUGAGAUGGAAAUUGUCGAUCGCGAUGCGAUUGAGACAGGCUUGUUGAAUUCCAUGCCCGAAGGAAAUUAUGUCAAUGGAUGGGACGUCAAUGUUGCUGGAGUGCGCAUUACUCUCGUCAAAAGAAAUAUCAGGCGCCAUAAGCAUGCGGAGUUCAUAUUGCGCGUGAAGCGAAAAGGCGAGAUUGAACAUUACAUAGGUAGACGGUAUGGCGAUUUUGCCCGGCUACAUAAACAACUGAGGACGGAACUCCCUGGCAAAGUUCUCCCUCCGUUACCAAAGAAGAAUAAAUCAGAUACGUCCGCAUCAGGUCUGAUGUCGCGCAUGACGGAUGGGGGUUAUGACUCUGACAUUUCGUCCAUCUCAUCCGUUUCUACCAAUGCUCCUGGACCUCGAAGCAAUGGGUUCAGGGAUUCGAUGAACUUGACAGUCCGAGAUCAUCGUCGAAAUCGGUCGAUAGCGUCUGGUCGAACAUCGCCACGCCCAUCUAUGGACGGUAGUGCGAGCCCGAUUCAAAGUCCUAGAAGUCCUAAAUUUGAAAAUGCAAUCCUUUGGCGUGAAGAUCAGCGUAUAUCGCUAAGAGCUUACUUGCGAUAUCUUCUGCAUAACCCGCAAAUUGCACAGACGAAGGCCUUGCAUCAGUUCCUAACACAUGACCCGAUCACGCCAACCGACGCAGACGUUGAGGACAUCGUCCGACGAAAAGCUGUUGACGAGAAGCGUGUAGAAGAACAGAAGCAAUUCUACGAAAUCGCGAGGAAGAGAGCUGCCGAGCUAGAUGUGUAUAUGGAGCAGUUCCGACAAGACAUCGUUGAGCGCAAUGGGUUAACAAUGCUUCUUCAAGAGAUCAAAGAGAAGGAUACCAUUCAAGAUCUAAGCCUACAAUAUCAGAAGUUUGCUGAAUGGCUUCGCAUUGAAGUGGCCGCUACCAUUUACCAUUUAUUCCUUGCUGAAGACAACUCGCCGGAACUGUUUGCGCAGCUCAAGCGAAUCCACUCCUUAAUACCGUACUCAAUCAUGAAAAAUGUAAUUCGUCUUGCGAAUCCAGCUGUCGUAAUGUCAGCGGCACUCGACAUUUUCCUGGCGCAACCAUUUGGGUCUCGCUCUCUAAUGCAACGUAUUUUCUCGUUAACUUUGAACGACGGAAUACGGACCCAGCAGAAAUCUAUCGACGCCCUGGCUGCUAAGAUAGGAGACGAUGUGUUUGUACAAAAACUGAAACAAUUCAUUGACGCCGAGGAGCACGUCAAGGUUACAAUUCGAGAGGAAGCCGAAGCUGAGAGCGUCGAUGUUCUCGUGGCUAUAUUGCGAUCUGAUCUUUUUGAGCCGGCGCUUACUGCCGAUCAAAUUGGGAAGCUAUACAAUGCAUAUGUCGCCUUCAACAACGCAGUGGAAAAUGUCGAUGAGGAAUUCAAACAGGGAGCACAACUUUUCUCAUACCUAAAGCAGUUGAUGAAGAUGCAAACGAGACAGCGUGAUAAGCAAAUGAUGCUUAGUCUCAUUGAGGAACCUGUCACUCUACAGCUACUUCGAGAUCUCUUCACAAUCUUCUACGAACCUCUAGUGAGAGUGUAUAAGUCGGCCAACGUGUAUAACAGUAUCACCGAUUUUUCUGUUUUCAUCGAUGAUAUGAUUCAGGUUGUCGAUCAAUGUAGAGAUCAGGAUGCUUCGGCCGAUCCAAACCAGACGGUGCAAGCGUUUAUUGAUCUAUGCCAGCGCCACGAGCAUAACUUCUACAAAUUCGUUCACGAGGUCCACACGCAUGAUAAUGGUCUCUUCACACAACUUAUGGGUUGGAUCGAAGGCAUCCUAGAGUUCCUAAGAAAGGGACCCGCAGGAGGAGCAUUAGACAUCAACGCCCUUUUCGAAGGAGGUGUUACGAGCAAUAACCUCGAUAAGGAAAAAGCAAUUGAGGAGAUCAACCAGCUCAUUUCCUGGCAAGAAGCCCGCAAGAAAUGGCACCACGACAAAACUAGACAGAAAAUGGCCGCCGAGGGUUCUGUUAGCGAUGCCGGUAUGCCGGGAAUGACCAGUUUCCAAGCCAGUGAUUUUGGACUUAACAAUAUGGAUUUAGAAGACAUGAAUUACGACGAUGGAUCUGAUGACGAGGCCGAGGCCGAGAUAGAGGACGAACUGGACCCCAUUGACGCCGAAAGACGGAGGAGGGCGAAGAGACAAGACCGCCUCAAGGCUCGCGCGGGUGAACCUCAGAAACCAGUAGUUAGCGAGGUCCAUAAACUGAAGGAAAACUUCAUCGAGAUGCUACGACAGUUCUCUCGGGCGGCAAGGUGCCAAACCAGAACCUUCUCUUCCACGCGACCUGUUUCUCGAAUUAUCGCGAGCAGCCCACUACGAGCCAAGGAAGCGCCGGUACAUGUUAGCAGCAAGUACCCCGUUAUCGACCAUGAGUAUGAUGCAAUUGUUGUUGGCGCGGGCGGCUCCGGAUUGCGCGCAGCAUUCGGCCUUGCGGAGGCUGGUUUUAACACAGCCUGUAUAUCGAAGCUCUUUCCCACACGAAGUCACACAGUCGCCGCGCAAGGUGGUAUCAAUGCGGCUCUAGGAAACAUGCACGAGGACGACUGGCGGUGGCACAUGUACGAUACUGUGAAGGGUUCGGAUUGGCUCGGUGACCAAGAUGCCAUCCAUUACAUGACGAGGGAGGCUCCCGCGUCUAUUAUCGAGCUCGAGAACUAUGGUUGCCCAUUCUCCAGAACUGAAGAUGGAAGGAUCUACCAGCGUGCUUUUGGUGGCCAGUCGCAGAAGUAUGGAAAGGGUGGUCAGGCAUACCGUUGCUGUGCGGCCGCUGACCGAACGGGACACGCUCUUCUGCACACUCUUUACGGCCAAUCUCUUCGUCACAGUACUAACUACUUCAUCGAGUUCUUUGCCCUGGACCUGAUCAUGGAAGAUGGAGAAUGUCGUGGUGUCCUAGCUUACAACCAGGAAGAUGGCACGCUCCACAGAUUCCUUGCGCAGAACACUGUCUUGGCUACUGGUGGAUAUGGCCGAGCCUACUUCAGUUGUACCUCGGCACAUACUUGUACGGGUGACGGUAUGGCCAUGGUUGCCCGUGCUGGACUUCCCAACCAGGAUCUCGAAUUCGUCCAAUUCCACCCUACCGGUAUCUAUGGAGCUGGCUGUCUGAUUACGGAGGGCUCUCGUGGUGAGGGUGGUUAUCUCCUCAACUCUGAGGGUGAGCGAUUCAUGGAACGAUAUGCGCCUACCGCGAAGGAUUUGGCCAGUCGUGACGUCGUUUCACGAUCCAUGACAUUGGAAAUUCGCGAGGGGCGUGGUGUUGGUGCUGAGAAGGACCACAUCUUCCUUCAGCUGAGCCACUUGCCUGCCGAGGUCCUUGCUGAGCGUCUACCCGGUAUCUCGGAGACUGCUGCCAUCUUUGCGGGUGUUGAUGUCCGCAAGCAACCCAUUCCCGUCUUGCCUACCGUCCAUUACAACAUGGGUGGUAUCCCGACGAAAUACACCGGAGAGGUUCUUACGAUUGAUGAAGCUGGUAAUGACAAGGUUGUCCCGGGUCUAUUUGCUUGUGGCGAAGCUGCUUGCGUCUCGGUUCACGGUGCCAACCGACUUGGUGCCAACUCCCUACUAGAUCUUGUCGUAUUCGGACGAGCCGUUUCCCACACCAUCCGAGACAGGUUUACUCCUGGCACUAAGGCUAAGCCUAUCAGCGCCGAUGCUGGUGCAGGAUCGAUAGAGGUUCUAGACAAGGUCCGCAACUCUGACGGCCCCAAGAGCACAGCUGAAAUCCGACUUGCCAUGCAAAAGGCCAUGCAAACAGACGUAAGCGUCUUCCGAACCCAGGAAAGCUUGGAUGAAGGUGUAAGGAGAGUCACGGAGAUCGACGGCACAUACUCUCAAGUCGGAAUCAAGGACCGUAGCAUGAUCUGGAACUCGGAUCUCGUUGAGACACUCGAGUUACGAAACUUGCUUACUUGCGCUGUUCAAACCGCUACCUCUGCUGCCAACCGAAAGGAGUCACGUGGUGCUCAUGCACGUGAAGAUUACCCAGACCGAGACGACGAGAACUGGAUGAAGCAUACCCUUUCCUUCCAGAAGCAGCCUCAUGGCAAGGUCGAGCUUGGAUACCGAAGAGUCAUCGGCACGACGUUGGAUGAGAACGAAUGCAAGGCUGUCCCACCGUUCAAGAGAACUUACUAG